AUGAGCUAAGGAGCAGACCAUAAGGAUCGUCUUAUUGCACAACUGAAGCAAGAGUCACAGGAAUUGAGACAACGUGAGAGAGAUUACAAGACUCUUCAAGAUCAACUUCUCUCCCUUGAAAGCCAGUUCAACCGUCUUAACGAUGAGAAGAGAAGAAUGGAUGAUGACUAUAAGUCAAGAAUCGACGCAAACUUGGUGUUCAUUGCCAAUUUAAGAAAUGAGGUAGAUGACUAGAAGACCAUUUUGACUGACAGAAAGAAGCAGAACAGUGAUCUGUACAUUGAACUCGAGAGACAAAAGGAUAUUUUGGAUUAGAGAUCAAUUGAGAUUUCCAGGCUUAGAGCUGAUCUCCAUUCUCAACAAGAUUUAAGUGCUUCACUACAAAGCUAAAAGAAGCAACUUGAAGAAGACCUUUAUCAAAUUAGAGAGAGAAACAGAGAAGACGCUUAGGAGAUCGAUAGAUUAAAUGUGCAAAAUGAUUCAAGAGGAAAGGAGAGUGUUGAGCUUGCCGCACGCAUCCGUGCUAUCGAAUAUGACAUUUCCAAAUCUUUAGCCCGUAUUGAUGACCUCAAUAGAAUUAUUGACUAGAAAUCAUACGAUCUUAAGAGCAAAGAGGCAACUGUUGCUGAAUGUGAAGGAGAGGUUCACAAGCUCAAGACCCAACAAGCAAGCUACCAAAAAGAAUUAGAGCAUCUUAAGUCACUUGAGGAGAGAUAUAGAUUAGAAAAUGCUGAUUUGCAAAGAAGAAUCGACCAAGAGGGUGGCAAAAACUUAGAUCUAUCAGCUACUAUCAAGGACCUCGAGUCUAAGAUCAGAGUUCGCGAAGAAUAAAUCAUCGCUCAUAGAAAGGAACUAGACGGUGCUCGUUACUCUAACUCUGCACUCCUCGACAAUAACUCCGGUCUUUAGGCUGAGAUUGACGCUUUAAAUAACCAUAUUAGAGUGCUUUCAUCUCAAAAUGAGGACUUAACAAAGGAGCUUGACCACUUUGUUGAGGCCAACGAAGCUAUCAGAAUGAGGCUAGAUAGAAAGACUAGAGUACUUGAUCUAAGAAGCAAAAAUGAGUAAUAGCUAUAGAAAUCAUUGGCUCAUGUGCAAGAGUCAAGAUCACCACCUAGACAAAGAUGA